UGGGGGGGAAUGGCCCUUAAUAAUUAACUUGUUUGGAUUUAAGCUGUGGAUCCUCACUCUGUUUCAUCCUGCAAUAAUUUCAUUCCUGGCAUAAUGAGGAUGAAAUAUUUUGGAUUUAUCCUUCUGAUCUGGGUUCCAGGAGGGCUGCACGCACAAAGCGACGCUGAGCCUUGUUCUGCUCCCAAACUGAAUGGUGGUUAUUUUGUCCCUGAACAUGAGACAUAUUCUCAUGGGACCAAACUCCAGUACGCCUGUAAUACUGGACAUAAACCUGCUGUGGAGGGUUGGUGGGCAACAAGCACAUGUCACAGAGGUGAAUGGUUUCAUAAACCGCAAUGUAUAGAUGAGAAUGCCUGCAUCCUACCAACUAUUGUCAAUGGAAAAUACGAAGUCCCUCAGGAAGGUUGGUUUAAGAACGGACGCAGGAUAUUUGUAACAUGUGACAAACGAUAUGAACUAAAAGACAAAGCUGCAACUGCCCAAUGCAAAAAUGGGACAUGGUCCUCUUUGCCCAUCUGCCAGAAAACAAGAGACACAUGCAGUGAGCCCCCUAAAAUCCCACAUGCAGUUGUCAUUCGCCAGCAAUACCAGGAGCUCUUUGCUGCUGAUUCACAAGUUGAAUAUCGAUGCGAGAAGGGAUACACUAUGGAGGAAGCACAAAGAAAUCCAAUCAUUUGCAUGGGCGGAAACUGGACCAACGGCCCAAACUGCACAAGCAGACCAGUUACUGGACAAGGUGGUUCUGCUGAGGUGGGAACACCAGGGAGCGACACCACAUCUGCUGGUGGUGGGACACAAUCUGGGGGCAGCAGACCAGGUACUGGACAAGGUGGUUCUGCUGAUGUGGGAACACGUGGAAGGGACACCACAUCUGCUGGUGGUGGAGUAGGUAGAGGAUCAUCCACCACCUCUGACGUGAGACUUACAACAACAACAAUCGACAACUGUGUGUCAGAGCCAGUCAUCCUACAUGGUGAAGUGGUGUAUAGGGAUGAAAUGCAGUUGAAAUACGCGUGUGUUUCUUUUUACACACUUGUCGGUGAAGCCACUGUGGUGUGUUACAACGAUGGCAAUUGGUCACAAUUCCCCACCUGCAAAGAAGCUUUUUGUGUCAUGAAACCUCGUGCUUACACACAUGGUUUAACGACACAUGGACCUGAGUAUAUAAAUGAAGGCCAUGGGAAACAUAUUCCAUGUAUUUGGGCAUAUUAUUCAGUCGUUGUUCACUGUGCUAAUGGAGUGCUCUCCUACACCAAUUGUUGUUCCAGUUAUGACCAUAACAGGGGACUUUGCCCCAUAAUCGGUACAACUAGUUAGAAACUACUCCUGCCUGUUGGACCACUCACCAGUGACAGAGGCAACGUUUGCAAACUGUUGUCAAACGCCAAAGAAGAACUCAUCACUGACUGAUGUUUAACUGGAAGUGCGCUAUUGCCAUCAAUACAAAACUAAAGCUUGCAGGACUAAAAUUGUCUGAAUAAAUGUUUGCUAUAAAUUCCAACAGAA